UGAGCUUUCUCGUGUGUUUGCAUGCAGGUGGAGCAUGACCCCACCCAUGGUGAAUGCCUACUACUCGCCCACCAAGAAUGAGAUUGUGUUUCCUGCUGGGAUCCUACAGGCGCCGUUCUACACCCGCUCCUCGCCCAAGGCCUUAAACUUCGGUGGCAUUGGUGUUGUUGUGGGCCACGAGCUGACUCAUGCUUUUGAUGAUCAAGGACGAGAGUAUGACAAGGACGGGAACCUUCGGCCCUGGUGGAAGAACUCGUCCGUGGAGGCUUUCAAGCAGCAGACGGAGUGCAUGGUGGAGCAAUAUGGCAACUACAGUGUGAAUGGGGAGCCCGUGAACGGCCGGCACACGCUGGGGGAGAACAUCGCCGACAACGGGGGGCUCAAGGCGGCCUAUCGGGCCUACCAGAACUGGGUGAAGAAGAAUGGGGCUGAGCAGACAUUGCCCACCCUGGGCCUCACCAAUAACCAGCUCUUCUUCCUGGGCUUUGCGCAGGUCUGGUGCUCUGUCCGCACACCUGAGAGUUCCCACGAAGGCCUCAUCACCGAUCCUCACAGCCCCUCCCGCUUCCGGGUCAUUGGCUCCGUCUCUAACUCCUGGGAGUUCUCAGAACACUUCCACUGCCCGCCUGGCUCCCCCAUGAACCCUCAUCACAAGUGUGAGGUCUGGUGAGGGUGGCAGCACCUGAGCCAAGACAGAGGAUGAGCCCCCAGGUGGAGCCUGUCGGGCCACCUUGCCACCCAGCGUCAGGGGUGUCGCCCCACCCCCUGGCCGCCCAGGGCCCCCCCUACCCCACACUGGAGGGCUUCCAGCCGGAACCGAGCCUCUGAUGUGGGUUCUCAACACAAUCCAAGAUUUGAUCCCCUGUGAAGACCCUGCCAUCCCAGGCACACGUGUGCCAGUUCUCACGGGCACUUGGGUGUUAGGCUGGUGGCUUACAGGGCCUGGGCCCCAUACUGACAAGGGCAGUGGGACACGGACCCCUGCCCACAUCCAGUGCCAGAAACACCACGAAUACCACUGUGUCAAAUGCUUUAAAGAUAUAUUUUUGGGGAAGCUAUUUCUUAAACAUUGUGGAAUACACUGGAAAUCUUCAGGGAAAUAAUGCAUUUAAAACACUUUUUUUUUUUUUUAAGGAAAGGAUUGGUAUAUUUAUUAUAUUCUGUUUUUCUAAAUAACCUGUGGAUAAGGGAAGACCCACUGAUUUACCCCUUCCUUCCUCACUCGCUGUGAGGUCGGCUGAGGCAGCCAUCCCCCGCCCCUGAGCAUGUCCCCAAGUAGAGAGCUGAUCCAGUCCUUGGCGUUUGCAAUUUCAGCCUCUGUCUGCUGGUUUUGCGGUCACAAGAUGUAAAGAGGAGAGGUGUGGAGGCCAGGAAGGGGCAGAGGCCCCCUCACGGACACUGCCCCUCACAGCUUGCCUGCCUCUGUCCCCAGAGUCCAACAGUGGGAACCCCAACAAGGACGGUCUGAUCCCCAAAGUCGCAGCAGGAAAUUGAUGGCUGCAGCAGGGUGAGGCCAGCUCGUGGCCUUCAAACCCAGCCCCAGGGCACCCAGGCACCCUGGACCUGGAUGGCAGGAGCCCCGCGAGGCCUCGCCCUGUGUCAGAUGCUCUCUGCCAUGCCGUAGGUAGCCUCUUUCUGGCCCUCUCCUGGCCGCUCCAUGUGUGGCCAAGGGGCCAUUUGCCUGUCCGCAGCAACCCUCCCAUCCCAGCGUCUUCGGGGUCUGCCUUGCUGACCCUCUUCCCCAGGGGAAGGAGAAAAGGGAAGACCACUCUCCUGUCCUGCAGGGCCCGGAUCCUGCCUCUGGGCUCCGGCCUGAGCUUGGCUCCCAGGACCACGGCCAGCCCCGCCAGCCCGCCCUCCAUCUUUAGUGCCUUAGCUGAGGCUGCAGCCCAGGCUGCACCCCAAGGAGACAGCCCUCUACCAGGUGCCCCUCUGCCUCCUCAGUGAAGCCUUCAAGUGUCCUGACUGCAACGCAAGGCCAUGCCCCCUCCUGCCAGUGUCCACAGAGCUGCCCCUCACGGCAGCCCAGGGGCUCUAGCCUGCAGGCAGGUCCGUGGCGCCACGGCCGGGAAUCUGACGGACCCCGGAACGUGCCCUGAGCCCCAUCCCACCCUCAGCCCCUUCGGCUGAGUCAAGACAAUACUUGUAGCCAGAUGGACUCCUCACUUGGCGAUGUUUUCAGCCAAGGAGGACUGUGAGGGAAAGGCUCCCCCGCCACGGUCAGUCCAGCCUGUGGUGUCAGGGAACCAGGACUGGUGUCCCUCCCUGAGGCCAGAGAAGCCAGUGCCCGUCGCGGCUCGCCCAUCUCGGCCGCCCGAGGCCUGGCCGUGCCCCCUCAGCGCGCUCGCCUCGCCCCUGCAGCCAGGACCCUCCCUGCCCAAGGGGCCCGGCACGAUGGGCAUGAGGUCCCUGGUCCCCGCAAGCAGCGGGCCUGGUAGCUCUUCAGAGGAAAGGUAGGCCAGGAGCCCGAGAAGAAGCCAGAGUCAGGGGCUGCCGCACGCACCUCGCCACACAGAGGUGGGCUUCCCAGCCCUGGCGCCCUCCGGUACCUCCUCUGCCCCCCUCCGUCCUUCCCGCCUCCCCCAUGGAAGCUCACAGUCCUCGAGAGUGUCCGCCGGCGCCAGGGACUGGAACCUCCCCGCAGAAUCAAGUGUCCCGGGGCUGAGGGUUCAGCCAGAGGGGGUGCAGACUGCAUUCGGCAGGGGGUCUGGGGAGAGCAGGGCUCCGGCCCAGCAGGGAUGGAAGCAAAGGAAGCAGCCCCCACUGUCCCUACCCCUCCAGAGCUGAAAGAAGCCUGAGCGGAUGGGCGGCUCUGAAAGCCGCCCCCAAUCAGGCCCAGGGAGCCAUAGGGCUGGCGGCUCCGCGGGUACGUGGACGUGGGGUUUGGAGCUGGGAAUCUAUUUUUUGUAUUAUUAUGUUCUGUGCUACUGUAGUUUUGGUGUGGCACUAUUGUAACUCAAAUAAAGUACUUGUACCGAG